AUGGUGAAGCCCUUCCCGAAUGAGAUAUGGUUGGACAUCUUCAAGGGCCUGGCCAAGGAAGGCGAGUACGACACGCUGGAACGAUGCAGGGUGGUAUGCAGAGUGUUCCAGCUGAUGGUACGGGGGUGCCUAGGAGGCACCAGGUACUUCUGGGAUGUAGAAGAGGUGGAGCACAUCAAGGUGGAUACUUCCGGUGGUAGGUUGCGACGCUGGGGUGGGCCACAGGUGGUGAAGAUCAUAGGCGGGAACAGCAAAGACGGGCGCCAAUCGAUUCCACACCUGGCGACAUUUGCGUCGAGACUCGCAGGGAGAUGGCUCCGCGUCAAGGAAUUGUGGAUCGAAAAUGCGGUGUGGCGGACGCAGGAUCUCGAUCUGGACGCCAUCUUGCGCGAUCUGGCCGUCUCGUCGAUCACCGAGCUCUACAUCACGAACAUCACCUUGCCGUCGAUUUUGACGCUUGGCCGACUCGUCUGCGCCCUUCCACUCCUCAAGUUGCUUUCUCUCCAUGAUGUGCGAUUCACUCAGAAUCCCUUUGACGCAGGUACUCUCUCCAGGUUCCAUCUUCUGCCGCACACACAGCUGGAGACACUCCGCCUCAGCCAUGGGUACGUUGGCAGAAAACUGAGACCCUCGUUCGCUGAAUUGGUCGACCUCAUGGCUGCCAUCAGUAACAGGAGGUGUCCAGUCGCUCCCGCCAGCCUUGCACAUGCGUCCCCUUGGAGCACCGUUCGAGACUUGACACUCAGCUAUGUCACGUUUCCCUCGGUCGCGACCUUUGCUCGCCUCCUGUGCGCUCUCCCUGCACUCGAAAGCAUCCAUCUAGGCGGAUCAUGCGCGUUCGUGAAGCACGGCUUUGACCUCAGAAGUGUGCCUGUGCCCCCUGGGUUACCAUUACAAUUAGCAGAUGUUCAACUGACAAACGGCUUCAGCAUAUACUCCGACUCUUGCUCUGUGACUGACCUGGUUGAGUUUUUCAUCGCCACCGGUCUCGGUAAAAAUCUUCGGCGCAUCAACGCAUGCCUAUCGCCGAUUCUUCGGGUAGCGAACGAAGUCGACGUCGCCCUCAACAGACUCGUCAAACAUUCAGCGCAAUCGCUUCACCACCUUUUCCUCGACUCAUCUCUACCCUUUCGGAUAUCAGAUGGCGCGGAUGAAUGGGUACAUGCAGAUCGCAGUGCGGCCCCAUACUUCAAUGUUUCCGAGAACACACGCCUCAAACACCUUGAUCUCAAAGUGCCGAUCUUCAACAGCCUUACUGACGUUAUCGUGUGCGUCAGAGCGAUGCAUGGUUCGAAUGUGCGAGACGAAGAUUCAGCGCAUGAGCUAAGAUUGCGCUUGCCAACGCUUGAUGCGCGCGGUAUUCUAGGCAUUGCGGUAAAUGAUGUCGGGAUUGGAUUGGACUGGGACAAGAGUAUUCUUGGGUGGAAACGUCGUAGGAUCGAGAGAGUUGCCGUACAGGACGCUAUGGUACCUGACAAUGCAGGGACCAGUGUCGACAACGACAUGCAUACCAAUAACGCUACCAUCGGUGCAACCCCGCAUGCAGCUGAAGUAGUCACGUACGCCGACGGUCAGAGACGUUCCUCGUCGCAUUUAAAGGAUGCACAAGUACUUGCCGCGUCGGCGUGCGACGAUGAGCCUGUGCCGCAAAGAGCAACGGCCGGUUCGGGAACAUCCGUGGUCAUGUUUCCGCCAGACGACUAUGUGCUAUGGACAAUGUUUGGCCUACGACGGGUCUAUGUUGAUGUAAAGGCCGAUUCCGAGAAGGCAACUCCCAUGAUCGUUCCCAUCCCGGUCCUCGACUACGCAGGAUACCCGUUCGUUGUCUCAGCAGCUUCAGCUCCCACUCUGAUCGGGUGGCGUCCUCCCUCCUUCAGCGCAAAUUGGUGCUCUUCCAUACGGCCCACUCUGCAGCUUGCGUGGAGAAGCUACGCGAUACCAGGGACGUCGGUCGCGACUCUUCUUCGCCCCUGGCUCUCAUUUGUCACCGAUCACCCGCCGUCAUUGGUUCACGGCUGUGAUGACACGCGUCAGAAGACGUUUGUACAUAUCAAUAAGCCUUCUGGUAAAGCGGCAGCGGUAUCCGGGACUAGGACGGUGCAUGUAUCGUAUGAAACUGUCGCUGCCUUGCCGAGAGCAUUAAGUAAGACCAGUUGGAGUGUUGCCAGUGGCGUUGAAUGUUACAGAGAAACUGAGGAGGACAUGAAUUGGCCAACAUUUAGAGGUUUGGAGGAUCGAACCAGCUUUAAAGAGAUGAAUCCACACCUAGCAACGUUCGCGUCGAGGCUCUCCGGGAGAUGGCCCGGCGUCAGCAAGUUGUCGAUCACCCGGGCGGUGUGGCGCACGCAGGAUCUCGAUCUCGACGCCGUCUGCCGCGAUGUGGCUGUCACUUCGACCACCGGCCUCAGGCUCACAAAUGUCACCUUGCCGUCGAUUCUGACGCUUGGCCGCUUCGUCUGCGCCCUCCCACACCUCAGAGAGCUCGCUCUUACGGAUGUCCGAUUCACCCAGCAUCCCUGUGAUGCAGGCACCAUCUCGUGCUUCCGCCUUCUGCCGCACACGCAGCUAGACGCACUCUACCUCAACCAUGGGCGCGACGACAUAGAAUUGAGACCCUCCUUUGUUGAAUUGGUCGACCUCAUGGCCGUCGUCAGUAACAGGCGAUGCGCAGAUCCUCCCCCUGAUCUUCCUCAGGCAUCCCCUUGGAGCGCCGUUCGAAGAUUGACACUCGACAAUGCCACGUUUCCCUCGGUCACGACCUUUGCUCGCCUCCUAUCAUGCGCGUUCGUGAAACGCGGCUUUGACCUCAGAAGCGUGCCUAUGCACCCUGGCUUACCAUUACACUUGUACACCGAUCCUGAUUUUACGGCUGACCUGGUUGAGUUUUUCAUCGCCACUGGCCUCGCCAAACAGCUUCGCCGCAUUCAGGGACUUCGGCUAUCGUUUCUUCGGGUAGCAAGCGAAUCCGAUGCCGCCCUCAACAGACUCGUCAAACAUUCGGCACAAUCGCUCCGCCACCUUUCACUCGAGUCAUUCUCGUUCUGGCGGAUAUCAAGUGACAUGAAUGUAUUGUUCUUUACAGACCACAGUCUGGAGCUCGACGUAGAUCUGGGAAGGCUGACGGAUUGGCUCCCCCAGCUUGAUGCCGUCCUCUCUGGGCCGAUCUUCAAUGACCUCACUAACGUUGUCGUAGGCGUGGGAACACGGGGUGGGUUAUUGUGCUUGCCAACACUUGCUGCUCGCGGUAUUCUAGGUGGGUAUACUCAUAGCGUAUUCAUGAAUAGCGUCAGGUUUGGAUUGCACUGGGACAAAAGGAUUCGUGAAUGGAGGCAUUACGGAAUCAAGAAAGUUGUCGCGCAGGACGCUGUGGUACCUAAUGCCGAGGCUAGUGCUGACGACGACAAGGAUACCAAUAACACUACCACCGGUGCACCCGCGCGUGAAGCUGAAGGGGCAGCGUAUGCCGACGAUCAGAGACCUUCCUCGUCGAAUUUAGUGGAUGCACAAGUAUCUGCCGCGUCGGCGUGCGACGAUGAGCCUGUGCCGCAUAAUGCAACGACAGGUUCGGGAACAUCCGUGGAUAUGUUUGCGCCGCACGAUCAUGGUACGUCUGCUUGUCGACGAGGGAGCAAUGAAGCUGAUCUACAUGCAUCAAGGUGCAGAUGA